CAGGCGGCAGAUGCUACUGACUGGCUGCUUUUCCUCUGGUCAUCAGUUCAAAUGUUUUUGUUUUGUUUUUUGCGAAAGUUAUAACGUACAACGGUAUUCAUCCAGAACUCCUCGGUCAAUUCCGGCUCCGGAGUUCCGAGUGGAUGUUCACUUCUUGAUUCUUAGCUCCCUCAAAGAAUGACGCCAUUCUGGUGAUUGAGCGAGAUAACAUUAUAUUUUUGUUAAAAAGUACAACAAAAGGAAGCACGUGAGAGGAAGUACAACUAUCUUCAGUAGCAGAAGGUUUAACAAACUUCACAAGCCUAUUUUCGUGAGAGACAAAUGCCAAAAUGAAUGAAAAUAAGUGGAUAUCGACAAUUAUUGCUGGAUGUCUAGCCAUUACUACAGUAAUCCAUUCCCUACCACAAAGUCAUGAGAGAGAAGAUUUUGACAGAAUCAAUGACAAAUAUGACCCUAAUGUUCCCGGAUACACAGAACCCGUGACAGAUAAAAUACCCUUCUCAACAGAAGAAUCAUCAAGCACAACGAUUUCGACAACUAAGCAAGGAACUUCAGAAGGAACAAGCACAACAUCAACGACAACAAACGGGGCAAGCACUACAAUGUCAACAACAAAAGGAACGAGUACAACACCACCAACAACAAUAACUCUGUUCCAGGUAGAAUGUCAUGUACACAAGAAAGGAAAAGUGCAUUGUAAAAUAGUUAAUAAUAAAGAUAGUUCAGAGAAGGAUAGUAAGGAAUCACAUGAAUCUAAAGAAAAGAAUAAAAAGUGUAAAGGAAAAAAGAAAAAGCACUGUAAAAAAAAUCGUGGUCCAAAGGAAAACCGUAGCAAAGAAAAGAAAAAGAAGAAAGGCCACCGUAUUAAUUUGUUCUUACCAUUUGAUUUUUGAAAUACAUAGCCUUGGAAAUUCAAAAAAAUUAACUUUGUAAUUUUAUGUGAUGAAGGUAAAUAAAUGAAUUGAAUUCGUUA